AUGCCGAAAGACACGUAUCGUGCGAAUCCCUAUGCUGACGUGCACUUGUCCGACCUGCAGCGUCAUCAGCUCAUUGACGUUGUCAACGGGUGUGUGCAGAGCCAUUUCGAGAAGUACGAACAUUUCGUCAUGGCGGACAAGCACCAAAUGGACGAGCGUCGAUGGGAGCGCGUCAAGUUCAAAGACGGUCUCAACGUCUACGCAGAGCGAUCGGUUCACGAUCAGGCACGCAAGGGUCUUCAGCCCAAAGCGGCCGUUCCAGAAGGCGAGGCGGAGAAAGAACUCGUGGCGAUGAUGUGUGUGGGAACGCUUGUAGGCGACCUGGAAGAUCUCAUGUUUGGCAUCCUUAGCACAACGUGGGACGCGCUGCGCAUUAAAGCCGCCUAUAUCGGCAGUGUCGUGUCGGGGGCCAUUUUAUGCAACGUAGUGGAACCAAGUGUGAAAGAGCCAUUUCGAUCGGUGAUAGUUCGGUGGAUGGCGUCCAAUGGCGUCACAAAAGCCGGACAAAGUCGAGAUUUCGUGGUCAUCGAAGCCACGGACGUCGUCGAGCUUCACAACGGUGAGCGCAUUGGCUACCACGUGUUCCACUCCGUUGACUUCCCACAGACCAGACCCCUGCCAAACACGGUUCGGGGCAACAUGUCGUCCGUCAGCUUGUUUCGACAUGUCCACAGCACCAUUAUUGACAGUUUUGCGUCCUGUGUGGUCGACCCUGGCAUGGUAAUAAAGCGAUUGCAGUUUAUUCCGUUUGCAGCGACUGGCAUGCUUUGUGCCACAAGUUACGUGCACUGUGGACAAAUGAAGAAGCUCGCGUGGAUGCUGCAACGUCGACACGUGGAUAGGAAACAUCGCGACGAGAGCUAUCAGAAGAAAAAGUGCGUCAUGUGUGGGAAAAACAAAAGCAUUCCUGGUCUCAAUCGGAGUACGUGCAAGCUGUGCCACGGCUACGUCUGUUCGUCAUGCAAGGUGCGGGUGCAGAUGAAGUUCAUUGGGCAAGACAGCGAGCUUGUGGAGCGCAAAAUCUCUUUUUGCUCGCAGUGCAUGAGCAAAGCUAUAAAUUGCGGCACUCGGGAAGCUGCGCAGGAACAAGCCGUGUACUACCAUGACUCGUACGAUAGCGCUUCCACUUACUCGGAAUCGAUAUUAUCCGAUUCGUCAUCCUCACUUAGCCACUAG